AUGACCACCUCAACCGCAGCCGCACUCAUCUUCCUCAAGGAAAUCACCAACGUCACCCGCACCGAUCUCAGGCCGUACUGCCUCGAGGUCGAGACCAAGGACAAGACCUACAACCUCGCCCUCAAGAACGAUGAGGAGCUCUACGGAUGGAUGGACGACAUCUACUCCCGCUCGCCGCUCAUGGGCGUCUCCAACCCAACCAACUUUGUCCACCAGGUCCACGUCGGCUUCGAUGCCGUCUCCGGCGCAUUCACCGGCCUGCCCGAGCAGUGGACCCGCCUCCUCACCAGCAGCGCGAUCACCAAGGAGGACUACGCCAAGAACCCCCAGGCCGUCCUCGACGUCCUCGAGUUCUACACCGACAUCCAGAAGCGCGAGAACGACGAGUAUCCCAUCGGCCCCGGCCACCAGCACCAGCAGUCCAUCGACACCUCCAAACUCGACCACUACCACCACCAGCACCACCACCACCACCACCACCAGCACUCCGAAUCCUCCAUCCACAACUCUCCCAACAUCCAAAACUCCUCCUCCUCCCAGUCCGGCGGCUACCCAUCCUAUGCCUCCCGAAACGCCCCCUCCCCCGCCACCCAGCACGCCGAGUCCUUCUCGGCCGGCAACCAUCCCGACCCCAGCCAGUCCUCCUCCUCCUCCUCCCCCUCCUCCACCUUCCCACGGAUCAACAACCCCAACCCCUCCUCCUCCCAGACCCGGCCCAACCUGGUCCCCCAACGAGUCGCACCCGUCGCGCCCUCGGCCGCCCCCGGCUCCGGCGGGCUCAAGCCCCUCAGCCUCUCCUCCUCCGCCUCCCCCCGCCCGCUCGUCCAGCCGAGCAAGGAGAGCGCCAAGCCCCUCGGGCCUCCCAAGACCCUCCAGGGGCCCAAGCCGCUCACCCUCGGCCAGCCCCGGACCACCAACGGCACCCCCGUCCCAGGGGGGACCGCCAAGCCCUCAGGCUCCGCGGCCCCCAACAAGCCCGCCGCCGGCACAACCACCCAACAGGAGCAGCAGCCCGCUCAGGCGCCCAUCAAGGCCCUCCAGACCGUCAAGAAGCAGGAGGCCAAGCAGAACGAACGCCGGAUCUCGAGCCUCACCGAGGCCCAGAUCAUGGCCAAACUGCGCACCGUCGUCUCCCCACAAGACCCCAACCAGAUCUACGCCAAGAUCAAGAAGGUCGGCCAGGGGGCCUCCGGGUCGGUGUACGUGGCCAAGACGCUCUCGAACGGGGCGAAGGUGGCGAUCAAGCAGAUGGACCUCAAGGUCCAGCCCCGCAAAGAACUCAUCGUCAACGAGAUCCUCGUCAUGAAGGAGUCCCAGCACCCCAACAUCGUCAACUUCCUCGACUCCUUCAUCGUCCGCGAUGACGAGCUUUGGGUCGUCAUGGAGUUCAUGGAGGGCGGCGCUCUGACGGACGUGAUCGAUAAUAACACGAUGGAGGAGGACCAGAUCGCUAGUAUCUGCUUCGAGAGCUGUAAGGGAUUGCAACAUUUGCAUAACCAGAGCAUCAUCCAUCGAGACAUCAAGUCGGACAACGUGCUAUUAGAUGCGCAAGGCCAUGUAAAGAUCACCGAUUUCGGGUUCUGUGCGAAGCUGACGGACCAGAAGUCGAAGCGGGCGACGAUGGUCGGCACGCCGUAUUGGAUGGCGCCCGAGGUGGUGAAGCAGAAGGAGUACGGGGCCAAGGUGGACAUCUGGUCGCUCGGGAUCAUGGCCAUCGAGAUGAUCGAGAACGAGCCGCCUUACUUGGACGAGGAGCCGCUCAAGGCGCUCUACCUCAUCGCCACCAACGGCACGCCGACGCUCAAGAAGCCCGAACGACUCAGCAAGGAGCUCAAGAACUUCCUGGCCGUCUGUUUGUGUGUGGACGUGAAGAGCCGGGCGACGGCCGACGAGCUCAUCCAGCACGAGUUCUUGAAGAAGAGCUGCACGCUCGCCGGGCUCGCGCCCCUCCUCAAGUUCAAAACCUCCGUCAGAUGA